AUGAUCUCUUUCCGCUUUUCCGCCUUUUUCCUUUUUCUUUGGGCCUUUAUAGCCCAAGUCUCUUCUUUACCAACCCCGAGCAUCACACUACAAACAUACUCAGACAAGAGCUACAACUACAUCGGCCAGCAAACCGUGACUAAAGGCACCGUGCCGAGCGACGACGACAUGAAAGAGUACGCAACACUCGCUUAUCACCAAAUGAUAAGCGUAAACCAGCAUGAAGGAUCCAGAAACGUACCGUUGACGAUGAGUGCUUUAUAUUCCCCGGCCCAUUCGACCAUCAUCUUUGCCUCUGGCGUUAAAGACGCUGGGAAGAAGACCAGCGUGGCAGUAUCGCCCGUUUACGACGAAGCCUAUUCUCAUCGCACGUAUGGCAAUUGUGCUGAAAUGGCGGCUAUAGCUAGAGCAACGACAAAGAAUGUGCCAGUAAAUGGGGUAAUUUCUACUUACGGCAUGCGCGCCAGUGGGGGUGAGCCAGUGGGUUUGAAUCCUUGCCGGGAUGAGACGGAUUUUUAUGGCUGCAGCACCUAUCUCAAAUACUAUGACAUUAGGGCAACCUGGUGA